AUGGACGCAGGUUUAAAUAUGAGCGGUGGAGGCAAUCAGUUCGAUCUGCAAUUUCCGAUUCCAGAUCUCAGUACUUAUGAAAGUCCAAGCGGUUUUACGGUCUCAGGACCUACAAGAAAUCGUAGAGCACGGCUACAUUCAGCCACACCUUAUUCAAGGAAUAAUAACCGACCUGCACAGGCUGAUAAUGCAUCGAUAAACUGGUUGCGUGCUCUAAUCAAUAAAUUCAUUUCUGUGCCGAAUUUUUUAAGAAGCUUAUUUGAGUCGGUUAGAGCAACUCCUCAAAGGGAGAGUCAAAGGGGUGAAACAUCACCAAGACAUGAACAGCGGACUGAGAAUGAAAUGGAUGUAGAUCAACAGCAGCAUAAUGGUAUCUUUCAAGAAAGAUUGGUGCAAAGCAAUAGGAUAUUCGCAGAGCCAAUAAAUAAUCCAAAUGGUCUAAAUUCAAUAAGUCAUCAUCGAUCAGAUACGAUACAAAACAAUGCUAUUAAACGUAAAAGAUCCGAGGAUAAAUCUGUUUCUAUAGAUGCUAUUGAAGAGGAACUGUUAAAACAGGAACAAAUUGAAGACCAAACUUAUAAACCAGAUUUGAAAGAGCUUUAUUGUAAAAACAUUAGCCCAAAUUGGUAUAAACCAUUUAAAAACAAUCCAGAUAAAUAUCCUAAGUUUGCCUCUUCUUUGAGGGUCACAUCAGAUACAUAUGGUCCCGAUCAAAACUUAAAUUCACCAAAAGAAUCACCACCUCCUAAAAAAUUCAAACCUUCAAUCGUUCCUACUCCACGUUGGUUUGAUUAUUAUCCAUUGGAUAAAGAUGAGAACGCGAUUGACAGAAAAAGGACCGAAAAUAUAGUUGAAAAGAGAAAGGUUGAAGAAAAAACUAUUGAAAAAGACAAAGUAUUACAUAGAAGCAAAAAGGGCAAAGAAAAGGCAGAAAAUAUAAAUUUGGAACAUAAGCCGAUUGAGAAAAUAUCAACUGCAACUAAUCGUAUUAGUCCGUUGAAAGACCAAAAUUAUUUUUCAAUUCAACCACCGCCAGUUAUAGAAACGACACCCAGCACGAUCGUCCCUUCGAUUGGGAAUAUUGGAAAUCAGUCACCUGUCGCUGGUCCUUCUGAAAUUUCUAUUACAAUGGAGAACAAAGAAAAUAAUAUAACUACUCCAGUCACCACUUCACAAAGCGUAAAAUCUCCUUCUUCAAUGGAGUCUAUUGAGUUUACUCAUGAAAUUGAGAAUAUUGGCACACCAACACCAUUGAUCAACCAUAUUGCGAAUUCUUCCGCAAAAGAUAAAAUAGAACCACGACAAUCUUCACCUUGGUUCAAUAAAAUUCCUGUUGAUAAUGAGAGUCCAUUUCCUUUAUUGUCUGAAUCUAAGAAUGACAAGUUAGUUGAAAAACCAGCUCCUUUAAUUGUUAGUGAAAACCAUAAAGAUCAAAUUCCUACACCUUUAUUUAUUGAUUCUACUAAAACUGCUGAAAAAAAGGAUUCAUUAACUGAAUUUCCACUAAAAUCAGCUCAAUCAACACCUAUAACCGAUGAACAAAAAGGUGUUGAGAGUGAUAGCGUUAAUUCGUUUUUUAGUACCAAUAAGGCGCUGUUUAUACCAUCAAAACCCUUUACUCCUCUAGUUUCAAAUAGCUUGAAGGAGGAGGCCCAACAAUCUAUACCAACAACCACUCUACCAUUAGAAAAUAUAAAGGAAACAGGGAAAUCCCAAACAGAUGACGGAAACGAGGAGGAGAAAAUAACUAAAGCACUCCAGUCUCAACCGCAAGAAAAUCCAGUUUUAAAGUUUCAGAACAAUACAACGGCUCCUUCAAUUUUCGCUAAAAAUUUGUCGAUAGAUAAUAAAAAUUUGCCAUCAAGUCCGACAUUUGCUUCGAAACCUGAUUCUACAGCUACAUCAACUACUGUUACGACAAAUUUUUUCGGUUCAGUUGCACCAACUCCUUCCACGAGUCAGCCCUUUAAAUUUGAUACUAGUGGAAUGUUUAGUAGUAAUCCAAUUUUUUCGAAUGUUUCGAAUGAUGGAGACAAUAAUGGAAAAUCAGACAAACCUACAAAAUCAUAUAAGUCUAGUGGUCGGUUCAAAAAGAAUAAACGUUCGUGUGGAACUUCUGUGAUUGGAUCAGGUUCGGAAAACGUGUUAUUGAGUCCAAAAACUUCUUCAGUCGAUCAAAAUUCAAAUAUGUUACAAGGUUCCACUCCUACAACAUUUAAUUUCUCCUUCAUUCCAAAGCAAGAAGGUUCAACAUUAUUUAAUACACAGACACCGUCUCAGCCACCCUUUAAUCUUAAUAUACCCCAAACGCAGCAAACAUUAUCAACACCAACUGCUCCUAUUUUUGGUUCUACUGUGCCAUCUAGUUUACCAUCGUUUGGUACGAAUUCGUCAUCUUCAGCCCCAGCUUCUGUGUUUGGUACAAGUCAACCUCCUACUUUUACUUUUGGAACAAGUUCAAGUCAUGUGGCGUCUACCGGGUUCGGUGCAAGCCCAAGCCCAAUGACUUCUGGAAAUAUCUUUGGUGCGAACCAAAAUUCUAAUGCAUCUACUGGAUUUACCGGAUUUACUGGAUUUGGAGCAUCAAGUUCACAUAAUUUCAGUAAUCAAAUGACAUCAAAUGGUCAGUUCCAAUUUUCAAAUAUGUCGCAACAAGGUGAUUUAUCGAAGAUUCCAUAUCAACAAGAAAAUUCAUUCCAACCUCCUUCAUUAAACUUUAACUUCAACGGAAUGAAUGGUAGUAAUGGCCAAGGAUUUAGUAAUAAUCCAUUUGCUUCAAACCAAAACCAAAGCUUUAAUAUGUCUAACGGAGCUAUGAAUCCAGAUUCAAUCAAUCCCCCGAUAUUUAAUUUUCAUAGCGGAUCAGAUGUUGGUCAACAAACAGCGCUUCAAGGAAGAAGGAUUAGAAAAAUGCGUCCAAGGAAAAAGGAUUAG